ACCGGAAACCAUUCGUCCUGCCAUUAGGCUUUGCUUCGUUGCAUUUAAGCUAGCUCUCCACAAUAGUAGCGGGGGGGUCUUCGUUGUUGACACUUUGACGCCCUAAACCGUCGGUGCUGAUCCCGUCGACGGGAUGAUUCCCACCGAGGAUGCGUCCGCCAGGAAGCGGGAGAUCGAGGAGAAGCUGAAGCAGGAACAAGAGACGCUGUCAUUCAUCCGGGAAAACCUGGAGAAGAGUGAUCAGCAGACCAAGGGCAUGGUCUCCAUCCUGUCGUCGUUCGAGAGUCGCCUGAUGCAGCUGGAGAACUCCAUCAUCCCGGUCCACAAGCAGACGGAGAACCUUCAGCGUCUGCAGGAGAAUGUGGACAAGACCCUGUCGUGCAUGGACCAUGUCAUCAGCUACUACCACGUGGCCAAGGACACGGACCGGAUCAUCAGGGAGGGGCCGACGGGCCGGCUGGACGAGUAUCUCGCCUGCAUCGCAAAGAUUCAGAAAGCGGUGGAAUACUUCCAGGACAACAACCCCGACAGCCCCGAGCUCAACACCGUGAAAGCGCGCUUUGAGAAGGGCAAAGAGCUUCUGGAGGCGGAGUUCCGCAGCCUUCUGACCCGCUACAGUAAACCCGUCCCCCCCAUUCUCAUCCUGGACGCCAUCAGCGUGGACGAGGAGCUGGAGGUGCAGGAUGACGUGGUGCUGGAGCACCUCCCAGAGGCCGUGCUGCAGGACAUCAUCUGCAUCGCCGGCUGGCUGGUGGAGUACGGACGCAACCAGGACUUCAUGAACGUCUACUUCCAGAUCCGCUCCAACCAGCUGGAUCGCUCCAUCAAAGGCCUGAAGGACCACUUCCGCAAGACCAGCGCCUCCUCCGGCGUCCUCUACUCGCCCGCCGUCCAGACCAAGCGCAAGGACACGCCCACCAAGAAGGCUCCCAAGAGACCAGGGACCAUUCGCAAGGCUCAGAACCUUCUGAAACAGUACUCACAGCAUGGGCUGGAUGGGAAAAAGGGGGGCUCUAACCUCACUCCUUUGGAAGGUAACGCACCUCCUCUCGCUCCUCCUCCUCCUCCUCCUCACCACCUCACAGCAGCUUGGAGACGCUCCUCAUGCGAUAAACGAAGCCACAUAAACCCAGGUCACGAUCACGACCCGCGGGUCAAACAUCCCUCUGACGUUCUGAGCGAGAAGCACGGGGCCGCCUCAGGGAAGGACGACGUGCUGGACGUGGAGAUCGACUCCUACAUCCACUCGAUCAGCGCCUUCGUGAAGCUGGCCCAGAGCGAGUACGCCCUGCUGGCCGAGAUCAUCCCCGAGCACCACCAGAAGAAGACCUUCGACUCGCUCAUUCAGGAGGCUCUGGACAACCUGAUGCUGGAGGGGGACAACAUCGUGUCUGCAGCUCGCAGAGCCAUAAUGCGCCACGACUACUCUGCCGUGCUCACCAUCUUCCCCAUCCUGCGGCACCUGAAGAUGAACAAGGCCGAGUUUGACUCCACGCUGCAGGGCACGGCGGCGAGCACCAAGAACAAGCUGCCCACCCUCAUCACCUCCAUGGAAACCAUCGGAGCCAAAGCUCUGGAGGAGUUUGCAGACAGCAUCAAGAACGAUCCGGACAAAGAGUACAACAUGCCCAAGGACGGAACGGUCCACGAGCUGACCAGCAACGCCAUUCUGUUCCUGCAACAGCUGCUGGACUUCCACGAGACGGCCGGAGCCAUGCUGGCCUCACAGGAGACGAGUUCAUCCGCCAGCAGCUACACCUCCGAGUUCAACAAGCGCCUCCUCAGCACCUACAUCUGCAAAGUGCUGGGGAACCUGCAGCUGAACCUGCUCAGCAAAUCCAAGGUGUACGAGGACUCGGCCCUCAGCGCCAUCUUCCUCCACAACAACUACAACUACACCCUGAAGUCGCUGGAGAAGUCCGAGCUGAUCCAGCUGGUGACGGUGACCCAGAAGAAGGCGGAGAGCUCGUACCGGGAGCUGAUCGAGCAGCAGAUCCAGAUGUACCAGAACAGCUGGCUGAAGGUCACCGAGCACCUGACCAACAGGAACAUGCCCGUCUUCCAACCCGGCGCCAAGCUGAAGGACAAAGAGCGGCAGGUGAUAAAAGACAAGUUCAAGGGCUUCAACGAGGGGCUGGAGGAGCUGUGUAAGAUCCAGAAGGGCUGGGCCAUCCCCGACAAGGAGCAGCGCGACUUCAUCCGCCAGGCCCAGAGGAGGGUGGUGUCCGAGGCCUACAGGGCCUUUCUGCACAGAUGCGCCAACAUCUCCUUCACCAAGAACCCUGAGAAGUACCACAAGUAUCGGCCCGAGGAGGUGGAGGAGAUGAUCGAGAAGCUGUUUGACACGUCGGCCUGAGGAGGUGGAGGAGAUGAUGAUGAUGACCACCUUCCUCUUCACACUACUCUGUGAUGAAUGUUUUGUACAAAGAUAUGAACUGUAUUUAUGUAAUUCUGCUGCUCUGAUUCUCCAGCAUUCAGAAAAUAAUAAAGGACUUUGAAUCGG